UUCAGGCAGACAGGAGAAGUAACUGCCCGGUCCAGUCGAGCUACUCAAUCAGCCCAGAGCAGGUUCAGUUAGUUUAACAGUCACAAAAUUUGAGCAUAGGAGACGUCCCAGUUUGGAGACAGUUUAACAGUUAGCAUAGGAAAAUGGCCAAUAGCAUCGAUAAGGCGAUGUCCAUCUUCGAUGCAGCAGCAGAAGCAGAAGGAGAACUCACUCCAAGGCCGUCACAGCCACAGCCGGCAGCUUUAGGCCCACAGUCUCGCAAGCUGAAACUAAUCGGAUGCUGCCCUAUGACCGACAAGCAGAUGGAAGAGCACUACAAGCUCCAUCACAUCUCGGACGAUGAGCUGGCCACCGUGGGCAUCCAGCGCAGUUCGCUGAUCGACGAUUAUCGUCUCAUGCACGAGAUCUCGCAGAAGCGCCAGCUGAAACUGAAGCAGGAGAAGAAACCGAAUAUCAAUGAUCCGGCAGAGGACCGUGAGCAGCGAAUCAAGGAGCUGCAGCUCCGUCUGGGAAUACGCCCGCACAAGGCGUACAAGUUUCAGCUGCUUAACCAAUUGGUAAGGGUGAUGGACACCGAGCCAGACCCGAAGAUCAUAUUUCCGGAGACACAGUUUAAUUUCUUUUCCAUCUACUGCGAAAACGAUGAGGUUCGCUUACUUUCGCCCAAGGAGCGCGAGCGCCGCCGGUUCGAUGCCUUCUACGAUCAUCUGGACAACAUGUUCGUCAAUGGCGAUCGCAACAAGGCCAUCGAUCUGGUGGUGGACGCCUUCGUCCGUUUGAAGAAGCGACGCAUGCAGGUUAGCCAGGUGCCAAUACCCCGUGGCUAUAUGUCGCCGCGCAGCUUUGAUCUCAUUCCUCGGUACUAAAAUGGGAUUUAAUGGAGCGCAUACCUGGGAUGAAGACGCCUCCAACUCCUCCUCGUCAAAAUUUUGACUGAUGGUUGUUUGUUUUUUUUUGUUAAUUUUAUUUCGAUUCUCCACAGAAAUACACUUCGAUCCUCUUCAGUAUAUUA